AUGGCUGAAGCGCAGUUGUUACCCUCCAUUGUUGAUAAUGUUCCACUUCGUCAGAAAGAAUUGUGCUCUGAUGAAAGGAUCAAAUUCACAGGAAUUGAUCUUACUGCCAGGUCAAAGAAGUUCCAGUUCGUUGUGUUGUGUUGCGCUGUGUUCAUAUUCUACAUUGCUUAUGGUUUCAUUCAGGAGUUAAUGUUUAAACUCGAUGGGAUGCAGUCAUAUGGAUGGCAUCUGACACUAAUUCAGUUUUUUAUUUGUUCUUUAUUAAGUUAUUUUGAGAAUUUAUGCUAUGGAGGCAGUUCUAGACGAAUCCCGAUAAAUAUUUAUUUGCAACUAGCUGCCUUUACGGUUGGCACUAUCGGAUUUUCAAAUGUUGCUGUUAGUUAUUUAAACUACCCAACGCAAGUAAUCUUUAAGUGCUGCAAAUUGGUGCCUGUUUUAAUUGGAGGAAUAAUUAUUCAAAAUAAACAAUAUUCGUGGAUCGAUUUUGUAGCAGCUUGUGUAAUGAGCUUUGGUCUUGCUGUUUUCAUUCUAGGGGAUAGUAAGGUAUCUCCUAUGUUUGAUCCUUUCGGGUAUACGAUGUUAUCAGUUGCUUUAGUUUUCGAUGCUGUGAUUGGUAAUAUUCAAGAGAAAACCUUACGCACAUACAAGGCUACUAAUAAUGAAAUGAUCUUAUAUUCUUACUUCAUUGGAUCCGUAUACAUUUUCCUUGGGUUGUUUUUAUACGGAAACUUUUCAGAUGGAUUCAUUUUCUUUUCGAAGCAACCACUAUUAAUCUAUGGUUACAGCAUAUUGUUUUCCAUAUCUGGUUAUCUUGGUUUAAAUACAGUAUUGAGUUUAGUAAGAACCCAAGGAGCACUUAUAGCCGUUACGGUAACCACGGUUCGGAAAGCAGUUUCAAUCAUUAUAUCAUUUAUCUUCUUCUCUAAACCGUUCACAAUUCAGUAUCUUUGGGGUGGUAUAUUAAUAAUAAUAGCUAUUCAACUUAAUCUGUAUAGUAAGAAUCGUUCAAGCUGGAGUCGAACUAUAACGUCUUACAGACGAGAAUCACGGUCAGGAAAAGUCAAACAUUAUAAGAGUAAUUUAACUCGGAAUAUUUGA